UGGGGGGCAAGCUGGGAAAUGGAUCACAGCAGCCCAGCAAGACCUCUAGGCAAGUGGUGCAGGAUCCUUGGGAACAGGGUGCUUCCAGAUGCUCAGCCAGAGUUUCUGGAAGUUCUGCCCACUAAGGUGAUGUCUAGAUUCCACCAUGUUCCUCUUUGCCCAUAAGACCAAGACUCCUUUAAGUACCUAUGCUGAUUCCUAUAGACACCCAGCUACCAUCAAGCAGGAUUAUAAGGACCCCCCGCUGUGGGCGUGGGAAGAGAACAAGUUUAUAACCAAGGGCCUCAGAAAACCAAUGGUGGAGUGCCAUGUCGAUCAGCAAUCUUUGGAAAAAGUGGUGAAGAAUGCUGUAGAGGAUUAUACCCACAAGCCUCCUGUGACUGGAAAGCCCUAUUUACCACAAAAGUAUUGGAUUCCUGAAGCUGAAGCAGAGAAAUACAAACCAAACUUUAUUAGUGGAGACAGGUAUGCAACGGGGAAGACAGGACCAUACAAUGCAGGUUGGAACAAAUAUCCUACCUGCCUUCCAAGACUUCCAAAGGAAAGUGGGAUGGAACCAGUGACUCCUGGAACCCCUGUGGAUGGUCCCCCUAAAUCUGAGCACUUCAACAAUUAUGAGCGAGAGGUGAUGGUCAACAUGCUGAAUUCGCUGACCAGGAAGCAGCUGCCGUCCAUCCAGCCAAGGUACAUCGUACCUGGCCGUUUGCCAUUCCAGGGAUAUGACAGCCCCUGCACAGGCCGCCAUUACUGCCUUCGAGGCAUGGAGCUCUAUGUCACAGAGGCGCCCAUCAAGGAGUGCCAUCUGACCCAACUGACUGAAUAUAAGGAGUAUACCACCCCUCAACCACAGGCCCGGAAUGAAAUGCAUGAUUUCAAACCUCCCUCCGCGACUGUAUGACUUUGCAAAUGUUAAGUGGAACAGCAGUCACUUCAAGUUUAUCGGAGGACCCCAGAGAAAUCAUUUUGUCAUCCAUCCUGAGUUUAUGUCAGAAAACUGCUCUGUCUACCGCUCUUGCCAAGCUAUGAUCAGGGCUAAAGAUGAGGUGGUUAAAUAAACCAAAUUCCAUCCCCCCA